GUGAGGUUCGCUGUGGUUACUUGUCACUCACUGUCACUAUGAAUGGUUGUUGUGUUCCUGGCACGGAUUGAUAUUGGAAGUUGUUUAGUGGGUGUACAUGGCUAAUGGUCACGUAGUCACAGUGGUGUCUCUUAGUCAUAGUAAGAUAUGUGGGACUGUACCAUUUUGCAUAUUUUUUUCUUAUUGCUGAACCUUAAUGUUGAGUCACUCAUCCACCCACCUGACGUUUUGGCUGUUUAGUCUAGUACUCUAAAGUCUCUACUGUGACUUACCAUCAGUCUGUCCUUGACCGAGCCUUCCCCCUGAAUGUGAAUGCUGCUGCGCUCUGGUUCCACAAAGCCAAACCCAGCAGGCCCCCAGUCAAGACCCCCAGCCACGGUGUCCCUGAGGGCCACAUAGGUCUGGAGAGCCCUCACUCCCUCACUCCCUGGCAGACCUGUAGGAAGGUGCUUUCCUUGCCCCUUUCACGUAUUCACUCACUGGGAGAUAGAAAUAGCAGGGUAAAUGUUUGUCGGGGAGGUGAAGGAAGCGGGGAUUUUAUCUUCUUGGCCUUCCUGCCACACCUGGUAUUGUAGGUGUCCUGGAGGACAGGCAGAUGGUGGAACUAGGGUGUCCAAUCAAAAACAUAUUUUUGCCAAUAGGUAAAUUAAUGUUAAUUGUGUAGAUACUAUAGUCCAAACCUCAUGUCACUAUCAUAAUCCGUUCAACGGUUAUUGCCGUUUUUACCUUUGUAAGAUGGCCCAAAUUAGGGUAACUAAAUCAAUGGAGGUCAGACAAAAAGUGGCAAAAACCUGGAAAAUAGCAUCUUUCUUCUCGAAUCCGAAGGACACUAAACAAUAUAGAGGUAAGAUGUUUAUCGAUUUGAGGCGGGACAGAAGAUUUCUCUCAAAAACAAGCAUGUCUCUUAUGAAAUACUUUUUAUUUUCAAAGCUUUUUACAUUUAAUUUAGCCCAUUCAUGCUAAUUUAGCUUUUUGCGACUGGCAGAAACAUCCUUGCAGACUACCACCACAACAUGUAAAAUCCUAAAAUGUUGCUGCGAGAAAGCGGCACCACUCUGUCAAGAGUUCGGUGCUUAUUGGAUGUAUUAGGUUACGAAAUUCAACUUUUUGGAUAUAAUGUUAAAGACCCCACGGAAUGAUUCAGAACAUGAAUAAUCUUAUUUGUCUUGGUAAAAUGUAUUUAAUAAAAUAAGGGAAGUGAAAGUUGAUCAACAAACCGUGUUUUCACCCACUCUGGGCAGAAUUGGUGGACACCCUAGAGGAAGCCAAAUGAGAUGUGGCAAGAGAGACAGUGGAAACCAAAAAGGAAGAGAGGGGGGGGCUGGUGGUAAAGGAACGAUGGAAGGUAUGCUCACUGCUCCCUUCUAUAAUUCUAGCUAGUCUCUAGUCUUCCUAUUAAACAGGAUGAGCUACAUGUCAAUGUUUCGUUCCAAUGGCCAGCCUGAUUUUGGUUUACUGAGCAUGGUUGGAUGAUUUGAUCGAUUUCGGGAUGGGUUCGGAACUAUACCUAUCAUGUGUAAACGGCGAGUGCAGCACAAACAUCUCGACUGUUUCAAUGCAGUGGACAAGUUUGACCUCUGGCCUGUGCUGUGAGGAGGAUGGUGGUCUUCCUCUCACUCUGACUACUAAAGCUCCCAGUCAUGAGCUAAACUCCCUACUCAAUACAGCUCUUUUAGAGGAACCUGCACCAAGUGUCCAUGCUCCAGUAGGACAGAGCAUAAGACCCCUGAAACAAUGGCCUCUGGGGGUACCACAGGAAGUCCGCCCGCUCCUAGGAGCCAACCCUUCCCCACUACCUCGUUUGUCUGGAAGUGACCCCUUUGCCUCCUUCACCGUCAGGCCUGUAAGCUAUGUCUCACACACCCCCUCAUCUCCAUCCCUGAAGGAACAGCUGGAAUCCCUAUCAUCUCUCUCUGCCAAGUUUGACAUGCUGUCCAAUCGCUUUACUCGGGACCAGCGUGAGUCUAAAAAUGACCUCCAACCUAAGUGGAAACAGCAGAAAAACACCCCCUUCCUCUCCUCUGUGACCCCAGUGAGGGGGCAAGACAGUGUCUCCUCGAGUAUCUCUAAGGAGCCAUGGGUGGAGAAGAUAGCAGCUGGUGAGCAGACACCCAACAGGGUGGAUGAGAAGGAUGUCCUGAAGGAGAUGUUCCCCUACGAGACCGACACUCCAACAGGAAUCAACGCCACCUGUCGACGGCCCAUCCGAGGGGCAGCCGGCAGGCCCCUAAAGUCUGGUGACCUGUGGACAGAUGACACCCUCCUGCGCUCCUCUCGCUCUUCCUACACAGAGAGCCGCACCGCCACCGUCCACAGAGUCGCCACCCUGCCCCCCUCUACCAGGCUGGUAACGUCAGUGGCACCCCCUACUGGAAAGGCCAUAGCACCACCCCAUGGCCUGCCUGUCUGGCUGAAGCUGCUGCUCCUCGGCAUUGUAGCUGGCUUCAUAUUCUUCAUCUACCAGACCAUGGAGACCAACGCUAUGGCCCCCUUCGGAGGGUCCUCAGAUUCCACGCAGACCAGUGACCGUGAGGUCCGCAAGUGAAACCUGGAUGACAGUGCUCUGGCAGCAUAAUGUUACUGCCACCGUUUUCAUCGUUCUUCGCUUCCUUGGCAUUCUUUUUUCUUUUUUUUUUUCCUGUUUCCGUCACUUAUAAUUGGUUAAAUGGUCUGGUACGGGAGUCUAAUCUGUAUCGACUCCUCCUGAAGGCGACAAUGUCCAAAAUGAUAUAUUGAACAUUGAAGAUGACCAUUUCAUUCUAAAAUGACAAUACUGUCUUCUGUUUGUUUCAGUCCGUCCUUUCCCCAUCUGUGAGGCUGAGAGAAAGCCAGUCACACCAAUAAUCUCCAGAUAACGUACAUACACCGAAACAGUGACUUCCAAAUUAUGUGAACUUUCUUUAUAUGGUCUGUUUUUGUUUUAUAUCUCUGCACGGUGUAAUCAUAUGAUUGCAUUUGCCGGAGUCUGUGAUCGAGAAUUGCCUGUGUGUGUGUCUGUGUUUCACACGGUUUGCUUUUGUAAUUAGCAAAAACAGUCAGGCAAAGACUGAAGGAAUUUCAACUAAUUGUAAUCAGUUAUUUCUUGAUCGAACCAUCUAUACAGCGGGUAUGUGUGAGAGACAGGGAUUCUUAAACUCAUGCACACAUAUAGCUCUUAUAUGCCACCGCCACUUUUCUAUUUUUUCUUUUUUUUGAAAUUGUCUGUGGAGCCUAAUUAGUAAUGUAUGUAUUCAUUCUAAUAAAUAAUGUAAUAUCCUCUCAAUAAAACUGUUGUAAUAUGUAAGGAUAAA